AUGAUUAUUUCUAACACAUAUCCGAAGGAGACGAGCCAGACAACAAGCAGGCAACAAAGCACAAACAUGACGACUUUAAACGUCGUGCAAGGCAUAAGGGCUCGCUGAAGUCCCAAUCGAACUAUUCCCACAACCGGGAGAGUUUCGAUUCGGGAUGGACAUCAAGCGUACCGAAGAGGGCUUCAUCUGCGUGAACUCAGUGGCCCGAGGGACAGCUGCAGAGCGGGCUGGCCUGGGGCAACUGUUCCAUCAGGCAAACAGAACGCGCCACCUUCUCGUGAUCUCGAGGCUCAAGGGGAAGAGCUUGAUGCCGUCGACAGUCGACUCGGACGGCUUGAUUCAGUGCUGUGAUAAUAAGCGUGAAUUAUUUUUUGCUAUGGAGAAAGCUGAUGGCAUUCAGCUGCAUCUCAUGUCUUGGCCGAAUGAGGCUGCUGUUUCGUCGACGGCUUCUGCAAUUGCAGCUCUUAGGCCGCCGGAAAGCUAAUGCUUUAAGUUUAAUGUAAAAUGUUUAGAAUGAAAUGGGAAUAAGCAGAGAUAAAUAGAUCAAAUUUCUGUGCUACAAAACUGCAAUCAUUUUAGUGGUAUGAUA